AUGACGUCAUGGAAAUACGCCUGGAACGCAAUCAAGAAUUGGAUUCAUCGAUUGGAGCAGGCUCUGACAGCUCUUCCGUCUAUUGCGGCUGUUUUCGCUGAUAAUGCAGAGCCUCCUACCAAGCGAUAUCGCUCUGUUUCGGACGAUACGGAUUAUUCUCGUGAUUUUGAGGACGAUGCGGAGGCGAUGACACAAAGGAGUUUAACCUUUGACCCUUGUGCCGAAGCAGUGGCUCAAAAGCCACCUUCGUAUGUCCUUGUGUUACAUUCAGGUUGGAGAUCGCGUCGUCGCGAUGAUAUGGCUUGA